GGUGACGUGCGUAAAGCUGGCGUAAAGAAGAAACCCUGCGUCACGUGACCACCGCUGACUCCCAAACCCAUCAAUUGAAGAUAAAACGGCGGAUAUUAACCGAACGCGCUGGAUUCUGUCAUUUCCAAGGGCAUGGUUUACAGUUAGACCCGAAAAUAGGAUGUGAUAAAGGCACGCGCGAGGAUUCAAGCGACAUAUUUUCUGGAGUUUGGUUUUUAGGGCAGCUGAGUCUGGAGUUUGUGUGCCUGUUUGGAGGACAACACUGAGCUGUAAUCAUGGCUGAAAACAACUUUCCUCCCCUGCCGCGGUUCAUCCCCCUCAAGCCGUGCUUUUACCAAGACUUCAAUGAAAUCCCAGAUCAACGGCGCACCAUGUGCAAGAGGCUCUACUACCUAUGGAUCUUGAACACUGCCACACUAGCUGUUAACCUGAUUGGCUGCCUGGCCUGGAUGUGUGGAGGAGGCGGAGCUACAAACUUUGGCAUGGCCAUCUUGUGGCUCAUACUCUUCACUCCUUGCUCCUACGUGUGUUGGUUUAGGCCCAUCUACAAGGCUUUUAAGACCGACAGCUCCUUCAACUUUAUGGCUUUCUUCUUCGUCUUUAUGGCUCAGGUGGUGAUCAGUAUUAUCCAGACUGUUGGCAUUCCGGGAUGGGGAGUGUGCGGCUGGCUGGCUACCAUCACCUUUUUCAGCACCGACAUCGUCGCAGCUAUAUUCAUGCUGAUUCCCACCAUCAUGUUCACGGCGGUGGCUGUGCUCUCCUUCAUCGCCCUCACAAAGGUUCAUAACUUCUACCGUGGCAGUGGGGGCAGUCUGGGUAAAGCCCAGGAGGAGUGGGCCUCAGGGGCCUGGAAGAACCCGCACGUCCAACAGGCCGCUCAGCAGGCCGCCAUGGGGGCCGCUCAGGGAGCCAUGCAGCAGAACCAGUACUCAGCAGCUCCUACCUACAACUACGACGACCCAAUGUAGGACACACAAAGAGGGCCAGGCAGUGAAGUGGGAGAGCUAAAAAGAGAUCAAAUUAAAAGCAAUUCAGAAUUAGGUGCCCUUCAUUGUCACAUUGUUCAAUUUUAAUGGAAAAUUGUGGAAGAAAUUAGCUAGAAAUUGACUUUGAAGAAAUUAUGUAAGACAUUUCACUAUUCAAUCAACAUUUUUUGUGUUAUUUGGUUUGCUUUCUCCUGGUCUCUGUGUGUGUUGAUGUCACAUAGCAGCUUAAAGCAAUUUCUUAAUCUCGACUGAGCUCUGACAUUUUCCACUUUUCAAAAAUGCUAAAUAUUUGUGUCUUCAUAGGUGGCAUAAAAAGUCAUCAAAUAUCAAGCAUUCUUUUGGGAUUGAUUUGACACUUUUACAGUAGUUUAAGAGUUCAGUAUAACUUUAUUUGCCUUUUUGCCAGGAGUUUAAUGAGAAUAAUUGACUAUUUGUGUUAGCUUAGCAUUAAGCUAAAGCUAAAGUGCUUUGACUUUAAACAUUAAAUUAAAGGUUUAAUAACUAAAGACACACAAAAUGCACUCAAAAUCUCCCUUUAUGAUGCACCUAACACAUUAUAAGAGGUUUUGUGAGAGACACAAAGAUUAAAAUUAAUAUAUCAUACUUUUUUCCCACUGUUUGGACUCGUAAUCCUAAAAUGCUAAUGUUAGCUUCAUGUGCACAAUUCAGGAAUUUAUGUUUUUGCACCUUUUUAUUUUACACAAAAAGGCAAAUAACGUUAACCAUAGCUACAAAUUCAUGUUUUAGGCUAAUUGCAUUUUUAGAUAAAAUUAAAUUAAACGUUUUUGGAAAUGUGUUGAAGGUCAGAGCUUUUUGAUUGGCCACUUGUUUCUAUCAGAAUGAUUUAGUUUAACCCUUAUAUUGUGUUUGGGUCAAAAUCAAGGUGUGAAAAAAGUUCAAUUUUGACCUGAACACAAUACAAGGGUUAAGUGUUUUUUUUUUUUUACAUUCUCAGGAAAGUUAAGCUGUUUUAAAGCAUCAACAUGUCCAACUUCUGUCAAUUUCCUAAUUUUUCAUUUCUAUUUGAGCAGUCAGAUUUGAUCCUUACAACCUGAAAAUGCAUAAUUUACAGAUUAGCAUCAAAGAAAAUCUACAUUUUUGAAGUAAAAAGGGACAGAAAAUCAAAUUGUAUGCAAAAUGGAAAUCAAUUUAAUAUAGUGACAUUUGUUGGUGGUGGUCCUAUCAUCAUAUGGAGUGAUGGAUGUUUGUCUCCCACGUUUCUCCCCCUUACAUGUAAAAGCUUCAGUGACCACAUGAUUCUGGAGAGGUGAACUUCCGGCCGCCGCGCAGUGAUUUGUCAUGUUGUGACUGUUGGUGUUAUUCCAUGAAUCGUUGUAACAUAAAAGAGAGUAGAAUAUUAAAUCCACUCAAAGCGGUCGUAAAAAUAAACUGGAGACUGUGUAGCCCUGGUGAGCCCUGGUGUGUUUGAGUCCUGUUGGUUUAGCUGGAGGGGGGUUCUGCCUUGUGUAUUUGAGAACUUCUUCAGCUUUCAGUAGAUGGUUAUUACAGUAUAACACAGUAUUAGAUUUGAAAAAGAUGUUAAGAUAUGUAUUUGAAUGCUCUUUAUUUAAAAACAAAAUUGUGAUUUGUCUUGUCUGAUUGUGACAGUGUGGUGUUUAGUAAGCUGUUUGACUUUUUGUGUUUUCUUUGAUUUUUGACAAAUCUGUUUUUUCUUUGGUCAUUGAGAUGAUAUGUGUGUGUGGAUGGGUUUGAGGCAGCGGUCAAUUGUGUCUUUCCAUAGCUGUAGUGACUUUUCAAAUGAUUUUCCUCGAGAAACGACUCACUUUUCAAUGCAAACGAAAUCACAGUUUACAAUUUAGCAAUACUAGUUUCUAUAUAUCCAAAUCCGAUUUAGCCAAAAACGAGUUCUAAUUCUAACACUCAUGACGUGAGAUGUUGUGAGAACUCUUGUCUUGAAGCUAGAGCACAGUAGUACAAAUUUGAAAGCUGCAUACAUUUUCACCAGCAGAUCUUCAUGGCAUUUGGUGUUUUCCCUGUAAGCAGCACUGCACCUUUUGCUCAAAAAAGCGCACAGCUGAUUCUUUCUGUAUAUAAAGUGAGAAGAACUGCACAAAAAUUUGGAAAACGGCAGGUUUGUGUGAGUGUGUGUCGUAAAGUGUGACACUCCUGCAGUGCGUUACAAUGUUGCUUAAUCGAAGCUUCCGAAAGCCAUUUCCCAUGAUCGAACCCACGCUCUCACUUGUACUGUAUGUUGUAUGAAAUGUAUUAUCAUGUACAAUACUAUAAUUAGAAUAUAGAGCCGUUGGAGGGACAUAUUUAUCAUGGCUAAAUACAGUUAACGGACACACGCUCAAAUCAGUGAAUGGAGUAUAUGAAGGGGUGUGUCUUCAUGAGUGAUGUAAAUGAGGAAUACAUUUUUGUGUAUUACUUUUGUAUUAUUUGGUCUUAUCCUAAUAAACAUUAAAUAGUUUA